CUCACUGGGUUCCGCUUAGCGGAAACGCGCCACUAAGCCACAGUGCCCCCUCUGGACACUGUUAUAACUACACGAUUACAUUAAAGACAACUUUAGACAUUUAAACACAACUAGACCGUAAAGUCACAUAGAACAACUCGAUUUUUUUUCCAGCUACAAGUAAAAACGUUUCUUCGGUUUUUGUCUAUUCAGGUAAACUCUAUAUCUAGGAUACAACUGAUGUUUGUACUCAGUAGCAUUGCGUCAACAAAGCCAAGGCUGUGGAAAAUGCCGUUAGCAUUUUUCGGUUAGCCUGUGGACAAUGGGCUGAUUUGGGACACACCCACAAAACGUAGAACGGCGCGAGCGUUGGAAAAAGUCUCCUUUUUAUUUUCUGCUUCCGGUUUGAACAAACAAACAAACGGCUUUAAUCAGAGAGAGAGAGAGAGAGAGAAAAGGAAGAAGAGGAAGAAGAGAUACAGAGAGUGAUAGAAACGUCCCUGAUGUUCAGUUGGAGCUGAAUCUGGAACGAUGACAUCACCAAGGUAUCAGAGCCUCAGACCCACAGUUGGGAAGCCGGAUGUGGAAUUCCAGACGCCGGCCGUGUCCGAGAAGUUUCAGAGCCGAUUUGGAUGGAGGUCCCAGAGAGCUGAGAGCGAGACGGGUCCAGGAGCGAAGACCUCAGACAACAUGCAGGAAUCGUGCAGCUCCAGCAGCAGUCCAUCUUUCCAGCCAAUCCAGAGUCAGAUUCCCAUCCCCACUGCCCAUGUCAUGCCCUCUACGGCCCACAAUGCUUUGCUGCACCCCACAGACUCGCGCUCCAGCUCCAAAUCCUCUCUCUGUAAAUCUGCAUCAUCCCCGAACCUGGAGGCACAGGACGGAGGCGGAGUCAAACAGGACUGCCUGAGUCGCUACCGCAGCCUCGUCAACGGAUUAGACCACUCGCUGUUCCCCGGAGCGGACCACAACCACACCCGGCUGGAUGAGGGUCAGGGCUUCGAGACGCCCCCCGUGGAGCCGACCCUGAACCAGUCCGGUCUGCUCGGGGGAUUCGGACCCGACGUCAGGAUGAAGCUUCACAUGACCGGACUUGGAGACGCAGCAGAGUAUCGGAACGACGCCUUCCAUAGUGCUUUGGAUCAGACGUAUAAGGUGUUACCUGAAGCUAGAACAGGAAUUUCACCCUCCUCCGAGUCGUACGGCAAAACCAAGGGGCAUCUGGGGGAAAACAUGGCCGACUGGCAGCAGAAAUUCGAGAGCCUGCGAAUGCAGGUGGAGCAAAUGCAGUUAUUAGGGAGUGGUCAGUACUCGUCUCUGUAUCCGUCCCCUCUGCAGUGUGAGAACAGUAAAUGGGAGGCGGUGAUGAAGGCUAAUGAGAGUCUGCUGAAGGAGAAGGAACUCAUUAUUGACAGGCAGAAGCAGCAGCUGUUUCAGUUGGAGCAGCGACUCAGAGAGAGUGAGUUACAGGUCCAUGGAGCUCUGAUGGGACGAGGAGCCCCGUUGACUGAUGUCUGUCUGCUCAGACUGCAGGAGGCGCAGCGUGAGAACGCUUUCCUGCGCGCCCAGUUUGCUGAGCGCAGUGACUUGUUCGCUCAGGAGAAGCUGGAGGCAGACCGGCGUCUGGGAGCCGUAGAGGCAGAGACUCAGCGUCUGAGCGAGAGUCUGAAGGAGAACUCGGAGAAACACACAGAGGAGCUGAAAAAGCAGGAGGAGAGGAUACGGAACCGAGAUAAACACAUAAACAGCCUGAAGAAGAAAUGCCAGAAGGAGGCAGAGCAGAACCGAGAGAAACAGCAGCGCAUCGAGACGCUGGAGCGUUACCUGGCUGACCUGCCCACCAUGGAGGACUACCAGAGCCAGAGGAAACAGCUGGAGGUGGCAGAACAGAAGGUGGAUGAACUGCAGGGAUUAGUGGAGGAACUGGAGGCUCAGCUGAAGGAGGUGCGAGCAGCCAACCGCACUAAAGACGGACAACUGGAGGAACAACAACACAGAGAGAGGGAGCUGCUCGCUACUGUCACUAGUCUGCAGGCCCGUGUGCAGGAGGGGUUGGAGGACGGAGCUCGGUUGCCGUCUCUGGACGUCGAGAAGCUCCGAGAAGAAAACGUGACUUUAAAAGAAGAGCAGCAGAAACUCAAAAAGGUUCUUGAGAAGCAGCUGAGGAUGAUGGAGCAGCUCGGCUCCCAGAUCAGGAGUGUGCAGCAGCAGCUAUCUGAGGAGGAGAGUAACAGUCAGGCUCUGAGAGACGAGAUGAUCUCAAAAGAUCAGCAGCUGUUGCAGUUGCGCUCGGCUGUGAAGGAGCUGUCUGCACAGAAUCAGGAGCUGAUGGAGCAGAGUGUGUGUUUGCAUGAGCGUCUGCAGGCUGAGUCGAGUGUGUGUGAUGUGCGACUCACUCAGCAGCUGCUCACUGAAAUGGCGUCGUGUCUCACCGAUUUGCGUUCGCUCUGCGGUGUCCUUACACACACCGCACACGGUCAAGACCCUAACCUGUCCAUGCUGCUGGGGAUCAGUGCCCCUGUAGUAUCACAGCCUUGUGACGAUUGGCAGAAUCCUGCAGUUCUGCAGAAUAAACUCCAGGAGGCGCUGCAGCUAAGACGAGAUGUGGAGGAGCUGCGAAACACCGUCUCAGACCGCUACGCCCAGGACAUGGGGGAGAACUGCACCACACAGUAACACAACCCAAAAGCAGCUGAGGAGAACGAUCUGAAUGAGUACUGACAGAAGCAGAAGAUUCAAAACUGAUAGAACUUUAACUACAAGCAGAGAAUCAUGAAGAAUCUGUCAGAAACCUCCUGCAAGAAGCUAUGAGACUUCACCCAGAAACAGAGGAACGUGCAGAACCACAGCUCCAACCUGCAGAAUAAAAAUAGCCUGAACUUGUGGAACCUAACCUGAGACUGAAUGUUAACCCCCCCCCUUCCUUUGAAGAGCUAACAAAGCUAAUGCUAAUAACACACUACACACACAACACUACUACACAACACUACAAUACAAUAUUAUUUUGUUAUAAGAUUUUUAUUGUACUAUUUUUCUAACAUCUUUAGAGCCCUGAGGUUCUCAGUAUUGUUAUUUAACCUUAAUGUUCUUGUCGGUUCAGGAACUAAUGUGAUGUGGUUGACAAUCAACUGAUGAUAUUUUAAACUUUGGUUGUUUUCUUUUGGUCGCUAUGGUAACACCCGGGGUGUGACGGACCUUCCGUUAUUUGAGACGGUGGCGGCGUUUGUAGCUAGGGCCGAUAAAACACCCGCUGCCUUUAUCUCGCUCGUUUGCUCUUCUAACACUCAUGGAAAACCUUCAAUAAAAACUCUUUAUGAUUAA